GACGAGGAAAUAGAAAAAAUGCUUUACUGUAUCCUAAGUCUUCUGAUGAUAUACACCAAAUUCGAAGUUUUAGAAGAUAAUGAGGAUGAAAUGGAAGAAAUGAUCAAAUAUGUUCAAAGAAUUCUGCGUUUAGACAUUCGUAACCACGAAGGAAAUGCAUUACUGCAUCUAGCAGUAGUUGAUACAAACACUAUGGGAAUUGUGUGCAAGCCUCCUUGCGUUAAUACCACGAAGUUAAUUUUACAUGCAGGGUGCGAUGUGAAUGUCGUGAACAUUGAAGGAGAAACUCCUCUUCAUUUAGCUGUGACUUUUAUGCCGGGAGGUAAACAAGAAGAGACUUUGAAACAAACUCUGGAGAUAUUGCUAGAUAUCGGUGCAGAUACAAAGCUUGUAAACAACAAGGGUCAAACACCACUGGACUGCUGUGAGAGUGACGUGACUCGAAGGAUCCUGUCAGAGAGAGGAGGACUGGGUGCCAUGAACGUCGAUACCAGAACUGUGAGAAAGUUUUAAUUUCGAAGUGUUAAUUUGUCCGCAAAAUAAUUAUAAGAUUUAAUUAAACCCAAAUUAAUUUUUUCAAUCAACAUUUCCUCUUUCAGCGUCUACGUUUCUCCAUGAAAUGUUUUCCUUCUCCUAAUAACACAAAGCACUUUUUUCGAUGGGAAGGUCUAUCAAAUCUAAUUUUGUACAAUUAAAUCUAAUUUUGUACAGUUAGCAUGACAGCAUUUCAAUUAUUUUCUCCAGUUUUCAAAUCAAAGAAGCCCAGAACGUUCAAUUAAACUGUAAAUUGGACUAAUAAUCAUAAUAAUAAUAAUCCCAUGCUGUUGAGUUUUUUCUUGUCUUUAUCGUUCGUUUUCAUUCCUAUACUAUGAAGAGUCAGCAUUAAAUUAAUUAUUUUUUAAGUAAAACCGGUGUCGACGUCAGAUGAUGACCAAUAUAUCCUACUUUUACGCCUCUAGGCGUCUUGUUUAAUAUAACUUAGCGAUAUAGAUUAUGGAAUUGUUGGAUCGUUAUUGACCAGCCGGAAGGUCCGUAUUGGAAAAAACUGUGCCCGAGGUCUUGGAUACCUUGGUAUUCAGUAAGACAGAGGGCACAGUCUUUCCCAGUAAGGACCGAACUAUGCUUGUAAACAACAUUUAAAUUUUUUUCUAACACAUAAAAAAAUGAUUGCCAGAAGAACCCGAAUGAUUUAGGGCUACA